GUAUAUUUAUUGAUUUUUUAUGCUUGCAGCAGUAGCAUGACAUGUGUGGGCAUCAUUAGGAAGGCAUAGUACUAUCUACAGGACUGAUGGGUUUCAUUUGAGUAGUACUACUACUAGUACUACUAGUACCACUACUACUAAGGUGUGUAAAAUACUAUUAUUUAUAUUUAGAUAUUAAGAUCUAAUACUAUAUUAACGGGACUAGUAGCAAUUCUACACAAACAGGUCAAAAUUUGUCAUCAAGAUUGAUCACAAACAACAGAUCACAAAUUUGUUGUUUCUGAUCACAUUUUUUGUGAUCAAAUCUGAUCACAAUUUUCCGGGACCAGGACGGAGGGCCUGGGAAUCUAAAUUUUCCCCCAAAAAUUGAUUUCGACAUGGUUCCGCUAUGAUCCAAUAAUUUUUGUCCUGUACAUGCGCCUCACGAGAACUUGUUCUACACGCGUACGAUUCCCAACACUUCAAGUUUGAAAUUGAAGUUUCGCAAUCCAAAAACUCGAAAAAAUCAUGCCACUUGCUCUGUGUUGUCAAAAAUGGUAUCAUUUCAGUUGGCAAGGAAAUUCUGUUUUGUCAUUUGGUCAAGUCGUUGUUACAACAAGUAUUGCUGCCAAUUAUUUCCCCCUUAUUUAUACAAUGGCGCUGAAAAAACUUUUSAUACCGACAACAUUCUGCCUUGUGCUGUUGGGGAUUGUUUCCGACACCGCCUUGGCGUUUGUCCCAUCGAAAAGCACUGGGACCGCAACUCAGACUAGGCUUCCCUCUCAGCUUGGGGUCGGAGUUGUCCCAAGUACGGCCGAAGCCAUUCAGGAAAUGUCCAACGCAAGGUUCGCAUUCGGAAUGUGCUUCUACGGAGCCCUCGGCAUUGGGUCGAUUGGGCGGGAACUUAUCCCAAUUGUGUUUGGCAGGUACCAAACGACGAGCUCUCUGGAAAGCGAUGGUAGCAUCGCCGUUCGCAGUGGUAGUGCCGUCGCUAACAGCGACGAGGAUCUCAGAAUCUGGGGUUAUCCCGAAAAAAUCUACAAAAAAGAUGUCGAAAUGAUACUGAACAACAAGCUGACGCCCCUGGCCAUUGCCAAGAAGUAUCCCAUUGCUCGAGACGAGGACACCGACCCGAGUUACGAGUACACACAUUUGACGGAAGCUGUUCCCUUUUUGGGAUACGAGGGAUUCGUAAAGGCAAACCCCGGGGCGAAUCCUGUCGCGCUCCGGGCCGUCUUUGACAGUUUUUCCAACAGCAUUGGUGGCUCCAACGCUGUCUCGCCGAUUACGGCCCAGCGGAACAUUGAGACCUAUUUGGACAACAAGAAGGUCACUGGGGCACUGGCCAAGAAACUGAACGGGGGAAAGUCUCUCGGAAUUGCUGCCUUUGUCUUUCUGUUGAUCCUGUUGGGGGUUGGAGACGCGCUGGCGAUCUUUCACCUGUGGAAGGGCUGGUUCCCGGAAUGGCAGGGAUUUAGUGACAUCCCCGCGUCGCUCUUUGACCAGAAUAUUGGAAUUGCAGUCCUGCCGAAUUUCUUUGUCGGGGAUGUCCCCCCAAUUCCAUAAGAAACCAACCAGCCAACCGAUUGACGCGAAUUCUGUUUGUGGAAAAGUUUCGAUUUCGCAUUGUGAAUACCAGAUUCUUUUUUUGGACGAGGAAGGGGACCACUCUGGUUCACUUUUGUUGUCGAGACGGAACCUUUAUUUCUCAAAUCUAGUCAAGGAAUAGAAGAGAUGGCGCAGC